AUGCCCGGGGAUAACUCAGAAGGCGACCGGAGGCCCAGCCGCAGUAAACAGCAGGAUGAGCCCGAAGAUUAUAGGGAGGAACGGAAGACAAGACACUGGGAAGACAAACAUGUCAAUCGCAGCAAUCGAUCACGAUCACGAUCACGAGAACGACCAUACCGACGGCGUUCAAGAACACCCGGCUCAAGGGACAGGCGGUCACGUUCAAGAGGUAGAGAGAGGAGAGAUCGGGAUUUCGAACGGGAGACCCACGGCCGGCGAAGUGAGAAAAGGGAUGGCGGCAGGCGCAAUCGUGAGCGCAAUGUUGAUGAUAGGCAGGAGUCGCGAAUGCGGCGAAGUCCCGAUCGUAGGUCUCAGCGGCGACUUGAUGGAGCGGACGAGCGGGCAAGAUCCGACGACGGACGAAGCCUUGUCAAACGCUCUGGCCCAUUGCCGUCGCAGGGGGACUCGUUCGCCAUUAGCAAAGGUGAAGAACCUGAGAAGCCAAAAGAGAAACCCAACUUUGGGAACUCUGGGUUGCUGGCGGCAGCGUCCAACUCGGUCACUCAAGCCGAUGGCACCACCAUCACCCUGAAAUACCAUGAGCCGCCAGAGGCCAGGAAACCACCUCCACGCGACCAAUGGAAGCUGUUUGUCUUCAAGGGCCAGGAUAUUGUCGACACGGUCGAACUCAGCACCCGGAGCUGCUGGCUGAUUGGGAGAGAACUAGCAGUCGUCGAUCUUCCCGCCGAACACCCGAGCAUCAGCAAACAGCACGCCGUCGUACAGUUCCGCUACACCGAGAAGCGCAACGAGUUCGGGGACAAGAUCGGCCGGGUGAAACCGUACCUGAUCGAUCUGGAGAGCGCGAACGGCACGAAGCUCAACGGCGAAAAGGUGCCCGAAAGCCGUUAUUUGGAACUACGGAACAAGGACAUGAUUCAGUUCGGUUCAAGCACAAGGGAGUAUGUGCUCAUGCUGCCGCCCAAGGAAUGA